CGCGUCUCGGACAGCACACAACAGCCCCACGGGGUCCCGGGCCCGGUCGGGGCGCACAGCACGGGGUCGGGGUGUCGGCCCAGAGGCUCAUGGGUGUCCAGCCUCUGAGGGCGGCCCGGAUCCCGUGGGGCCGGAGACUCAGCCGCGUCCAGCUGUGUCGAGGGGUCAGGGGACCGUGGCCCGAGUGACUGAAGGGGAACCCCGGAGCCCCUCCCGGUGGUGACCGGCCCAGCCUGAGCCCGGGGCCCCUCAGCAGCCCUUUGCCCCGAGGGCAGGAGGCCACCCGCAGGUGACAGGGGAGCAGUGAGCCCAGCGCAUCUCCGCCCGGGAGCCCGAGAGCCCGGAACAUGGACCGAGUGACCAGAUACCAGAUCCUGAACAUCCCCCACUCGCGGCGCGUGGCCGGCCCGGCCUUCGACGGCGACCCCAGCUACACGGUCGAGCUGGUGAGCGUGGGGCCCCGCGCCGGCGGCUGGAGCCAGGACGACCCGCAGGCGUGGCCGGCUGACCGCAAGGCCCGGCCGAACCUGGUGCGGCCGGGGGCGCCCUACAGCCCGCGGGCCUUCUCGGUCCAGCGGUCGGCGCGGUCCCUCCACCCGGAGGACGGCGAGGAGGAGGAGACGGAGGUGUACCACCCGGACGUCAGGCGGCCGUGGGACCUGGAGCGGGAGCGCUGGGUGGUCAUCCAGGGCCAGGCGGUCAAGACGAGCGACGGGGGGGCCACGCUGGGUGACGCCCCUGACCACGGGGCCCCCGGGAGCCCCGGCCGGUGGCCGCCGUCCACACCCGCGGAGGAGAACGCGGUCGACAGGGAGCAGAUCGACUUCCUGGCGGCCAGGCGGCAGUUUCUGGGCCUGGAGCAGGCGCGCGCCGACGCCCCUCGGAGACCCGCGGGCAGGGCGGCCCCCGCGCACGACCCGCCCAGGCUCAGCCCGGCGCCCAAGGCCGAGACCAGGCCGCCGCUGGCCAACGGGCACGCGGCGCCGGCGAAGCCCCCGGGGAAGGAGGUGGUCCUGGAGGAGAGGGGCGUGCGCGGUUGGUCCGCGGGGGCCGCCGUCCCGGCUGCGGUGGAGCCCCCCGAGGCGCCCGGGGAGACGCCCAUCGAGCGCGAGAUCCGGCUGGCGCAGGAGCGGGAGGCGGCCCUGCGGGAGCAGCGGGGGCUGCGGCGGGCGAGCGGCCGCCAGGAGCUGGUGCAGGUGGUGUCGCGGCCGGUGCUGAGCAAAGUGACCCUGGCCGACGCCCCGAGGCGCGAGCGCGGGCGGCCGUCGCUCUACGUGCAGCGGGACCUGGCGCAGGAGACGCAGCGCGAGCAGGACCACCUGCGCGAGGGCCGGCGGGUGGGCCGCGCGUCCACCCCCGACUGGGCCUCCGACGGGUCCCCCCCGCCCGCCGGGCUGCGGAGGGCGCUCAGCUCGGACUCCAUCCUCGGCCCGACCCCCGACGCCAGGGCUGCCGACCCGGUUCCCGAGGCGCGCAGGGUAAGCCGCAUCCCGCCCAGCGCCUACCAGCCGUACCUGGGCUCCGCGGCGCCCCGGCCCGAGCUCCCCGCCGUCUACGCCGACGACGCCGAGGCCGCGGGGUCCCCGAGGCAUCUCUGGGGAGCCCCCGGGAAACCCCGGGGCGCGAAGCAGGAGCGCUCCAAGGCGGCGCAGGGAGCCCCGCGGGCCGACGGGGGCGUCGUGCGCUGGGAGAGCUUCCGCCUCCGUCCGCUGCGUUUCGGGGUCCCGGAGGAGCCCCCGCAGACCGAGGCCCCCCGGGACUGGGGCUGGGAGGCGCCCGGGGCCCCCGCCACGAGGCUGCACAGGUCCGGGUCGUCGGAGCUGCUGGAGCGCGAGGUGGAGACGGUGCUGCGCCGGGAGCGCGAGUUGGCGGCCGAGAGGCGGAGCGCGCUCUUCCCCGAGGUCUUCUCGCCGUCGCCGGACGCGGACGCGGACGACGACCGCGGCUCCAGGAGCUCGUCGCAGGCGUCCGGCCUCACGGGCAGCUACUCGGUGUCCGAGGUGCACUUCCGCCCCGUCCACCUGCAGUCGGGCCUGGCGUGGACGGCGGAGGCCCCGGCCGAGGCGGCGCCCGGGCAGAGGAAGAGGAAGGAGCAGUGGUACGCAGGCAUCAACCCCGCGGACAACAUCAACUCGGACAUCCUGGAAGCCACGAGGGUGACCCGCCACAAGAGCGCCAGGGCGGAACGCUGGGAAGCCGGCAUCUACGCGAGCGAGGACGAGGACUGAGCCUGGGGACAGGGGCGCCCACCCCCUGCCCUGCGGUGACCCCGUGGGAACUGCCCCCCGCCACCGACCCCAGCUUAGGAAAUAGGUCCCCGGCCAGGCCCACACGGGGGUCACGGGCACCAACCCCGGGGCGGCCGCGCUCUCCGA